UUGAGGCCUUUCUCGUUUUCCAUUCAAUGCAAUAAAUAUUUGUUCCCUUCAUUAAGACCAUCUUCAUCUCGAUCUUUGAGAAUACUUUCCUCACUUCGACUACUGUCUUCUAGUAAAGCUCACAAUACUUCCUAUCCAUUACCAUGGCCACAUCAUGCCGAGACUAAUCAUGCCCGGGGUCCCCUCCCAACUGACCGCCUGCUUCACAGGAUAGCCGGUCUAUUCCUAUUGAGGAGGGUUGUGCGUAACUGAGAUGGAAGCAGAUUUGAUACUUCGAGUUUUUUAAAUGGGGCCAAAGAUGCAAUACUGUUAGUGGGUAGGUUGUUAUUUUCAAACGAACGAAACGAACUAGAAGGCAUUCUUCAACCGAAACUCUUCAAAGCAGUUGAAACCUUUUUCUCAUCUCUUCCACAGGAUUCUCAAGGAAAAUUAGAAAUCGAGUCAAUAAAACGUUUGGAGCUCACCGGAGUGAGAUCAGUGUUUGAUAUGGUCACUUGAGAGUUUGGUGGGCAUCACUUGAGAGUAGAUUUUGCUGAUAACAGUAUGGAGACAACUGCUGAUGUUAAUUCAAAGACACUGUUUGUUGAUCGACUGCCAAAGACUUUUAAGAAUGAUUUAGUUCUCCAGAAGAUGUUUGAAGUUUAUGGUACCAUUAACUUUUGUCAGGCUGCUACAGCUCCCAAUGGCUGUCCAAGGUGUUUUGCCUUUAUCGAUUUCAAUUCAUCAUUUUCAGCUGAAGAGGCCCAGUUUAAUCUCAAUGGAUAUUCCUUUCAAGGACAAGAGAUAAGAGUCUCCUAUGGCAUGCCUUGCAGACCUGGUGCUUGUAUCUUACAGCCAAAGAGUCUCCUGCCUAACUUAUGGGGCAUGACCGUCCAGCCCAUUGUCUUGAGCAACUAUGAAACACUUUUACAGGAAUCUGUUAUAUAUACUCACGUUCAUCCCAUCCCUCCCCCGCCUCCUCCCCCUCCCCCUCCUCCUUCUAAUGGAACUCACUCAUACACAGCAUACGAUUAUCAUUCUCAUGAUACUCACUAUCAUCACCAUCACCAUCACGACUCACAAACUGUUAAUACUCCGUCUCCCCCACCACCUCCUCUUCCUUAUAGGCCACCAUUAUCUUCCAGUGUCACUAAGACAAAGUUAAAGUUAAAGAUAGUAGAAAACGUGGAAGAGAGAAAGGAAAACAUAAUGCCCGUAUAUACUUUAUUAAAGGCUGGUAACAAACGCUCGAUACAUCACAAUUCAAGAGAGAGGUCUCAUUCAUCCAGUGUAUACAACAAGCCGUACAUAGGACAGCAUGAUCAAGGAAUCCCCUUCACUCAUCCACUGAAAAGAAUCAAGACAGGAUCAUGAGAUCAGCCAUUUUCAUCAAUUAUUAUUAUUAUUUCAAUUUAUUGGCCCUCUUUCUGGUUUUGGACUGUUCCCCUAUUAUAAUGUAUACUAUUAUUAUUAUUAUUAUUAUUAUUAUUAUUAUUAUUAUUAUUAUUAUGUCAGAUGUAACUUGUUCCGACAAUACAUGUGUGAAUUAUUAUUAUUAUUAUUGUUAUCAUUAUUAUAUUGUAUUUUGUGUUCUCUUAUUGUAUUAUAGUAUUCUGAACCUA